AUGCCGGGUUUGUUGCGGAAACUCGUCAUCAUCGCCGCAGUUGACGGGUUGAUUCUGCACGGGCACGGCGUACAUGGACGCCGCCACAACAAUGGCAGCAAUAAUGAGGCCUCGUCCAUCCGUAUCGACUACAAAACCAAUAAGAUCACUGCUCUGCCCGCCUCAACAGAGGAGUCGCUAGAAGGUCGCGAGCACUUGGAGGCCUACGGACUUGUCGGUCUUCUGUCUGUCGCGUCAUACUCGUUCUUAGUCUCUAUUACCCAGCGGCAACAAGUCGCACAGAUCCAAGGCCGCCCUGUCUAUGCUGUGACCAAUGUUGCCAUCAUCCCAAUCUCCUCGCAGGCAGAUGCCAACCGCGCAAUCGCACAGGCACGAAAGGAGGUCUCGCAAGGCGAUCCUGAUCUAAACUCUGACUCCGAAGAUGAUAUUCCGGACCAUGUCACAGAUCACGCGGAAACGGAAAUUGGCAGUGCGCCAACUUCACCUGGUCGGCAGGCGACCUUCCAUACCCGCGGUGCUAGCGUUGGCAGUAUAGCGGAGGAUGUCAUUGGGAAACGGGUGCCAUUUGGCCGUUUUGCGGCUAAUUGGCUCUCGCGGAGGAAUCUAGGGUUGCCGCGGCCUGGAGCAAUCGGGCAGGAUGUGCCUGAGUCACCCUUUGAUGAGACAUCUUCACCCGGGACAGCAACUCCGGAUGCUGAGUCAAAAGAGGAUGAGGCUGUAGAGGCGGCUUUGCCUGAAGAUCAGAAAGAUGACGUGAAGCUUGGUGAAAGGGAUGAUCGGCCUCAGUCUGAUCAAGCGGCUGAGCUACUGCCCAAGCUGCUGAAAUAUACGAAGCUUCUUUUUGCGUCGCAUAAUUUCUUUUUUGCAUAUAAUUAUGAUCUGACGAGGCCAUUCAAUGCUCAGGGGGCACGCACGGAGCAACUUCCUCUUCAUAAGGCUGUAGAUCCUUUGUACUUCUGGAAUAAACAUCUCAUGUUUACAUUCAUUGAAAAUGGUGCUCAUGGUUUUGUGAUGCCUCUCUUGCAGGGAUUCGUUGGCCAGCGAGAAUUUACAGUCGCCAGUCCUGAGCAAAACUCAACGUCUGAGUCUGCAGACGAGAAGCCAGUUGAAGCGAAGAUACUCGGCGACAGCCAAGAGGCAGCCUCGGUGGAUACGGAAGUUCCUAAACGCAACUUUUUGUUGACCCUCAUUUCGCGACGGUCUGUCAAACGACCUGGUCUUCGUUAUCUUCGUCGUGGUGUGGACGAUGAAGGAAACACAGCCAAUACCGUCGAAACAGAGCAGAUUCUCUCCGGCCCCGACUGGAACCCUUCCAGUAAUGUCUACUCAUAUUUGCAAGUGCGAGGAUCGAUCCCGCUUUACUUUUCACAGUCCCCGUACGCCUUCAAGCCCAUUCCAGUGCUACAUCACUCCGCUGAGACCAAUCAGCUUGCAUUUGGAAGACACAUUAGAGAGAUGAGCCGGAGAUAUGGCAAGAUUCAGGCCGUGUCAUUGAUUGACAAGCAUGCGGGGGAACUGAAACUGGGCGAUCAAUAUGAGAGAUACGUCGACGUCUUUAACAAGGCCGGGGGUGUCGAUGGCACACCACUGCGGUUGGAGUGGUUUGAUUUCCACAAUGAAUGCCGUGGGAUGAAGUUUGAGAAUGUGUCCCGUCUCGUCGACCGGGUGAAGGAGACUCUGGAUGAAUUCGGUUAUACUUGCGUUAAGGAUGGCGCAUCAUCGCUCAGACAGAGUGGUAUUGUACGCACCAACUGCAUGGAUUGUCUUGACCGGACUGGUGUGGCCCAGUGCGCCUUUGGCCAGUGGGCUUUGGAACGCCAACUUCAAAAUGAGGGCAUCGCGAUUGACUUGGGUGGUGACUCGUCUACUCAGUGGUUUAACACUCUCUGGGCAGAUAACGGCGACGCGAUCUCCAAGCAGUACUCGUCCACUGCCGCUCUGAAGGGCGACUAUACCCGCACACGAAAGCGAGACUACCGAGGCGCGAUCAACGACUUCGGACUCACUCUCUCACGAUACUACAACAACAUCGUGAACGAUUACUUCUCACAGGCUUGUAUCGACUACCUGCUGGGUAAUGUCACGCCGCAUGUCUUCGACGAAUUCUCCAUUGAACUGCAGACCCCGGAUCCAGGCAUCUCAGUUCAAAAGAUCCGUCAGAACGCAAUCGACACCAGCUGCAAGAUCGUUAUCAGCAGUCCAUCUGAAGAGUUCCUGGGUGGCUGGACCAUGUUGACCCCCCGGCAGCCCAACACGCUACGAACUCUCCCCUUCGAAGAAUCUGUGCUCCUUCUGACAGACGCAGCGGUGUAUAGCUGCCGCUUUGACUGGGAGACCGACAAAGUCCUUUCUUUUGAACGGAUUGACUUGCGCUCUGUAUCCCGCAUUCAUUACGGGACAUACGUCACCUCCAUCCUGACUGAGAGUCAAUCGAAUGAGCGCACCAACGUCGGUCUUGUCAUCGUCUACCGCGACGGUGACGAGAAUCUCUUACGUGUCAACACCCGCUCCUUGCAAAGCAAUGUCCGGCCCGCCGCCCUCGAGGCUUCCACCGGCUCCACUGGCGAAUGGGACCUGGUUUCCUGGUUGCGCGGCACCAAGCGUGCCACUACUCGAUUUGUCGCUUUCAAGUCUCUUCCACUAACCAAUGCGGGAACUAGCCCUCGCCUCGGGCCCACGACGGGUACUGUUCGCGAGCUUGAUCGGGUUCGCUCCAUCUGCUUGGAGAUUGAACGGGCGAUGCUAGCGGGUGAUGGGCAGAAUAAGGAUUCGGCAUCUGUGGUGGAAGAGUCUGAUAUCAUUUCUUUGGCUGAUGCGAAGAAACGGACUGGGAUUUUGGAGUAUCUUGUUUAUGAUAUUAAGAAGAUGGUUUGGGCAUGA